AUGGCACCCCUGAUUCGCAUUAAUGCCGGCAUUGUGGCAGAUCACUGGCACCUUAGGGCAGCUGCAAAAUUAACCAGGAGAAAUUUGGCUGAAGCUCUCCGCAGCAGAACUCCGUACAAUGUUAAUUUGCCACUCGCUGGUUACGACCCGAAGGACGGACCUUAG